AUGGACAACAAGGAAGGUUCGCGAUCUUCAAUAGAGACGUCCUCCAUGGAUGAGGAGAAGCACAACCUGCUGGAGUCCUCAGAAACCCUGGGGCAGAAGACGUUCCGGCCGAAGCAUAGUCCUUUCACGCCAACGCGAGUCGCGAUUGUGCUUCUUGUACUGUCAAAUAUUGCUUUCGUGGCUGCGCUGGGCUUGGUCCUGCGGUCACAGUCGAGUUCCAGCUUGCCGGCAUGGAUGCCGCCCGAGAGAACGGCCAAGAAGCUUUUCAUGUACCAGAGCGUGUUUGGGGGAGAACCGAGCGCAAAAUCAGAGGAGAUGUGGACCAAGUUAAUUCCGAUGGGCAAGGGCUGGAUCAACGUGACGGCCAAUACGGAUGAAAUUCCAUAUUACCCGGGUAUGGAUUGGUCUGUUCCCAAGCAAAGGGCACUCGUCGCAGUUUUUCAUCAGCUCCAUUGCCUUUACAUGACAAGAUCCGGAUACUUCGUCGCGCGAGAUGGCAAGUUGAGCACGGUAAACACUACGCACCUCUCCCACUGCUGGGACUAUCUGCGGCAGUCAAUCAUGUGUUCAGGAGAUACUACUUUGGAAUGGUUACCACCUAAAGGGGUUGGGAGUACGGGAUGGGGAUACCAGCAUACAUGUAGGGACUACGAGGCGUUGUACAUCUACGCCGAACAGCACAGAAGCAGCGAUAAGAAGGUCAUUCAUGGAUAG